AUGUCCUCCUCGGACAUCUAUAUUGACCUAUUCCUCAAGUUGGGUUAUGGCUAUCCUCUGUGGUGUCCAUCGUCGGACGUCCACAUUGGCGAUGUGGGCUUUAUGUCCAAGGGUGGGUUUUAUCGACUCUUCAACGCAUUCGAGGACAAGGACCACCCUUUGAACAAACGCAAUACUCUCAACGAGUUUACCCCGUUCUCCUACGACACGUCCAAACUAAGGAAGCGAGCCAUCCCCGAAGACCACCUGUGCAGCCGAGGUACGAAAAUAAGUCCUGUAGCAGAUCUUCCAGGGACGUAUCGCGUUGAAUGCCCGAGAAACGAGAAGGGUGCUUUCCUCUUCUUCAAGGACGCUGUUUGCGAGGAGAUCCUUCCGCACCAGGAACUGACCAAGUAUAUUCAGGCAAACUGGAAAAGCUGGCUCCAUAGUGAAAGUGAUCCCGGGGUAUUCGAAUCCAAGGAUCUCAUCUUCGUUCGUGGCCACAUCAAGACUUCCGAUUGGGCAGUUGGGACGUUCGCGGGUGUAUAUUCUUCUGUGGCUGUUGUCCAGGAGAAGUCCGGCAAAGAUUCAAGCGCAUAUGUCGUGACUAAUGGUAGUAAUACCUACGAAUUCAGGUAUGGUCCGACGAACCGAACUGCCAGUAUCGUCGAAACGGACAGCGGCGGCCCGAUCAGGCGCGACCAGUGCCUGUUUAUGCGCUGUUGCGUGAUCAAGAGAAAGCUAGGUGUAUUAUGGCACGAAGUUGCUAUGGUGCCCAAUGGACGACUUAGACUUCUGAGUCCACAGGAGCAGAAGAGGUAUGAUGCGGAUGAGAUUGAGUUGAACGAGAUACCCGCGUAUGGAUCUACCGUCAACCUGCUAUCCAAUAUGGGAUAA